AGUAACAUGUGCUGUUGGAGGCGGUGGUAGCCGCGAUUCGCAGAGAAAGACUCCUCGGAACGCGGAGAACUAGCUGUCAAGAUGAAGGUGAAGAUGCUGAGCCGGAACCCGGACAACUAUGUCCGUGAAACCAAAUUAGACCUGCAGAGAGUUCCAAGAAACUAUGAUCCUACCUUACAUCCUUUUGAAGUCCCGCGAGAAUAUGUAAGAGCUUUAAAUGCUACCAAACUGGAACGGGUUUUCGCAAAACCAUUCCUCGCUUCCCUGGAUGGUCACCGAGAUGGAGUCAAUUGCUUGGCAAAACAUCCGAAGAGCCUUGCAACUGUCCUUUCUGGGGCAUGUGAUGGAGAGGUCAGAAUUUGGAAUUUGACUAAACGAAAAUGUAUUCGCACAAUACAAGCACAUGAAGGUUUUGUUCGAGGAAUAUGUACUCGCUUUUGUGGGACUUCUUUUUUCACUGUUGGUGAUGACAAAACUGUGAAGCAGUGGAAAAUGGAGGGACUGGGCUAUGGAGAAGAAGAAGAACCAUUGCAUACGAUAUUAGGAAAGACUGUGUAUACAGGAAUUGAUCAUCACUGGAAAGAACCUGUUUUUGCCACAUGUGGACAACAAGUGGACAUUUGGGAUGAACAAAGAACCAAUCCUAUAUGUUCAAUGACUUGGGGAUUUGACAGUAUAAGUAGUGUUAAAUUUAACCCAAUUGAGACAUUUCUCUUGGGCAGUUGUGCUUCUGACAGGAAUAUAGUACUAUAUGAUAUGCGGCAAGCUACUCCUCUGAAAAAGGUCAUCUUAGAUAUGAGAACAAAUACAAUUUGUUGGAAUCCUAUGGAAGCUUUCAUUUUUACUGCAGCAAAUGAAGAUUACAACUUAUAUACUUUUGACAUGCGUUCACUGGACACUCCUUUAAUGGUGCAUAUGGAUCAUGUAUCUGCCGUGCUUGACGUGGAUUACUCUCCCACUGGGAAGGAGUUUGUGUCUGCUAGUUUUGAUAAAUCGAUUAGAAUCUUUCCUGUGGACAAAGGUCGAAGCAGAGAAGUCUAUCACACAAAGAGAAUGCAGCAUGUUAUCUGUGUGAAAUGGACUUCCGACAGCAAGUACAUUAUGUGUGGAUCUGAUGAAAUGAACAUCCGCCUGUGGAAAGCUAAUGCUUCUGAAAAAUUGGGUGUGCUUACAUCACGAGAAAAAGCAGCCAAAGAUUAUAACCAGAAAUUGAAAGAGAAAUUUCAGUAUCAUCCUCAUAUAAAGCGUAUAGCUCGUCACCGACAUCUGCCAAAGUCUAUCUACACACAGAUUCAGGAGCAGCGAAUCAUGAAGGCAGCACAGCGACGAAAGGAAGUGAAUCGUCUCAAACAUAGCAAGCCUGGAUCUGUGUCAAUUGUGCCAGAGAAGAAGAAACACGUAGUGGCAGUAGUGAAAUAAUUUUGGUACUCCAACAAAUCCUGAUGUAUAAUUAUGUGUUCCUCUUUGAUAAGCGAACUGUAUGAAUAAAACUCCU